AUGCCCCCAACCAAACGCAUCCUCACGACCGCCGCCCCGCGCACCACCCCAUUGCAAACCCCGAAAUGGCACUCCGCACUAACGCUCGACCUCGUCCUCAGCGUCCUACGUCGCACAAUCCUGCACCCCUGGCCGGCCUGGAUUCUGGUGCUCAGCCUGCGCGCCCAAGUUACACCGGCCACUGACCUGGCGUUUAUUAUCGCGACUGGGUAUGCGGUUUUGCUGACGCUGGUUGCUAUCGCGGGGGUGGUGAAUGCGCGGGUUGCGUAUGGGUUACCGAGGACGGUGGAGUUGAGUGAGGAGAUCUAUGCGAUGAGGGGCGUUGGUGUGGCGGUUUUGGAUUUGAAGGAUGAGAGGGAGGUCGAGCUCUGUGAGGGCGUGGAGUAUUAUACUUGUGAUGUUGGGAGCAGGGAGGCGUUGGAGUUAGGUACCCCUACAGUUCUUAUUAACUGUGCUGCGGCGCGCAUCAACGGUCUGCCGCUUUUGUCGCUCUCCGCCGAGGCGUUCCAGAAAACCAUCCAGACCAACUUGUUCGCGGUGUUCCAUACCUGCCAGACGUUCCUGCCUCGCAUGCUGGCUGCUCCGAGUGGCGGUACGAUCGUGAAUGUCAGUUCGGUCUUGGGCCAGUUGUGUCCGGCGGGCUUGGCGGAUUACUCGACCAGCAAGGCCGGCCUGAGUGCACUCCAUCGGACGUUAGAGGCGGAGCUUCGUGUGUCGGGAGAUGAUGAGAAGGUGAAAAUGAUCUUGGUUGAGCCGGGGCAAGUAGCGACACCAUUAUUUGCAUCGGUCAAGACACCAAAUAAGUUCAUCGCCCCCGUUCUCGAACCGGUCCAUGUUGCUCGGGAAAUCGUUUCUGCAAUAGAGGAAGGAAGAGGGGGUGUCAUCCGACUGCCCGCGUACGCCACGAUGGUGAACUGGUAUGCGGUGUUGCCUGCAGGCUUACAGCGUCUUGCCCGGUUCUUGAGCGGAGUCGACCAUGCGGUAGCGCCAACAACAACCCAGAAGUCGCAUGAUGAACCAAAAGCAGCCAAAACGGAAUGA